UGACAGUAUUUUUAAAUUCACUGACGUCCAAAUUCUAUGUGGCACUUACAGGGACAUGUUCUUUGAUAUCAGGACUAAUAUUUAUAUUUGAAUGGUGGUACUUCCAUAAACAUGGUACAUCUUUUAUUGAGCAAGUGUCGGUAAACCAUUUGCGACCAUUGAUGGGAGGAACAGAAAGAAGCAUGUCAGAGCCAGCUUCUCUUUCCAGCAGCAGAGAAAGUGAAAACAGCCGACAGAAUGUGUCAGAAUGCAAGGUAUGGAGAAACCCUCUAAACCUUUUCAGAGGAGCAGAAUAUAGGAGACUCACUUGGGUGACUGGUAAAGAGCCACUUACAUACUAUGACAUGAAUUUGUCAGCUCAGGACCAUCAGACCUUUUUCACCUGUGACACAGACUUUUUACGUCCUUCAGACACAGUUAUGCAGAAGGCAUGGAGGGAAAGAAAUCCUUUAUCUCGAAUUAAAGCAGCCUACCAAGCUUUAGAAUUAAACAAUGACUGUGCCUCUGCAUAUAUUCUACUGGCUGAGGAAGAAGCAACAACUAUUGUUGAUGUUGAAAAGUUAUUUAAGCAGGCACUCAAGGCAGGAGAAACGAUUUAUAAGCGGUCGCAGCAGUGUCAGCACCAAAGUCCUCAGCAUGAAGCCCAACUGAGGAGAGAUACCAAUGUACUGGCUUAUAUUAAAAGAAGAUUGGCAAUGUGUGCAAGAAAAUUAGGAAGAAUAAGAGAAGCAGUAAAAAUAAUGAGAGAUUUGAUGAAAGAAUUUCCUCCUCUUACCAUGUGGAACAUCCAUGAAAAUCUCCUAGAAUCACUUUUAGAAUUACAGGCCUAUGCAGAUGUUCAGGCAGUCCUAGCAAAAUAUGAUGAUAUAAGCCUUCCAAAGUCAGCAGCAAUCUGUUAUACAGCAGCACUGUUGAAGACAAGGACUGUUUCAGAUAAAUUCUCUCCAGAAACAGCCUCCAGACGAGGUUUAAGCACAGCGGAAAUUAAUGCUGUGGAAGCAAUUCAUAGAGCUGUGGAAUUUAAUCCUCAUGUUCCAAAAUACUUACUAGAGAUGAAAAGUCUAAUUUUACCUCCAGAACACAUUCAGAAACGGGGUGAUAGUGAAGCAGUUGCCUAUGCUUUCUUUCAUCUUCAGCACUGGAAGCGAAUAGAAGGUGCUCUUAAUCUGUUACAGUGUACAUGGGAAGGCACUUUUAGAAUGAUUCCAUAUCCAUUAGAGAAAGGCCAUCUAUUUCACCCUUAUCCCAGCUGCACAGAGACUGCUGAUAAGGAGCUAUUACCUACCUUUCAUCAAGUAUCUGUUUACCCAAAGAAGGAGCUUCCUUUUUUCAUCUAUUUCACAGCAGGACUGUGUUCUUCUACAGCAAUGAUAGCUCUUCUCACACACCAGUUUCCUGAAAUCAUGGGUGUUUUUGCUAAAGCUGGGGACCAUGAACCAUCUGAGGCCCAUCCAUCGUUGAGAACCCUCACUCUGGCCUUUCAUUUGGACUCUGAAGGGGCAGAAAACCCAUGGGCGAGACCUGAGUCUAAGCAAUUUGUCACGUGUUUUAAGCAGAUGGCUCCUGAAUGCAGAACACCAUGGAGAAGAGGGAUGAGAGCAGGAGCUGGGGGACAGCUCAUGACCUUGACAUUAGAUCUGCUGAGAAGCCGUCUCUCAGGUUUGAGAUUUAUAUGUACAUUGAAGAAAAGGAGGAAGUGGCCUCAUGCCCAUAAACAAACAUUCAAACAUCUUUCCCCCAAAAUGAGGACAUUUAGCACGACGCUAUUAAAAACAGGUCUGUCUACCUGGAUAUCUGUUUACACCCUUUCAAGUAUUCUCACCUGAGUGAGACAAGACCAAACCAGAAGAACUACAUUAGUAAAAUUAUUCAUGGGCCACAAUUCAAGAGACAGCCUGGAAUAUAAAAACCCUUCAACAGUUAUUGCAGGAUGAAGUUAUUGACUCCAGCAGGAUUCCAAAUCGGAAGAAACAGAGUAUAUGGCAUGGAGGGCAAACCACGGACAAUCAAGGUAUCUGUGUUAUGGCUGUGCCCCUAACCUGACUCUUCCUGAACUGCCAAAAAACUUCACAAAAGCC